GAAAAUGAGGGAUCGAAUAGCUCGCCUCAGUGGGUUCUGUGCCCUCAACAAUCCAACACUUUAAAGCUGCGUCGAGAUCGUCAGAAAAGGCUAAUAAUCCAUUUAAGACAGGUUUCUGGAGUACCUCUAACUAUAACUAAAUGUUUUGGAAUGUUGUUAGCAGCUGGUCGGAAUUUACGGCACAGUGAUAUGCAGUUGUUAGAGCUCGUGACUGUGGAACCAGGUGCAGUUCCAUCUGCUUCCGUGAUAACUGCAACAUGGGAUCCCCAUGUCCACGUGUUUGAUGUCCUCAAUACCGAGACGCCAAGGGAAUCACGCGUACUUCUUACGGUUGCCGCUGAUGUAGUUAUUGCGGAAGUUGGUGAGCCGAUUCGAUUCCAAAUCGAGGCCAAAGCAAGAGUGUUUCAUCGUGACGAGAGAUUCUACAAACUCCCGAAUGCAUCUUUACACGAGAGAUACUCGCUUAUACUAGAG